GCCUACUUACGGGAAGGUGUGGCCCUUCACGAGCUUGGUCGCCAUGGUGAUGCCCUGGCAGCAUUUGCAUGUGGACUGGGCCAAGAACCUGGGAACGUUCAGCUGCUGGAUAGUAUGGUGGAGGCCGCGCUGGCGUCUCCGUUGAAAGACAAACUGGAGUCAACUUUUCAACAGUUGGAGAAGUUUGGCCUGAAAUCCAAACCAUUUAUCAUUAUUGCUGUUGUUGGUCAAGAACUGCUAGCUGCAGGUCAAUUCAGCGCAGCUGUGACUAUUCUAGAAGCUGCUCUUAAGGUCGGAACAUGCAGUCUGAAGCUACGUGGAUCUGUCUUCUCUGCUCUAAGCAGUGCAUUGUGGGGCCUAGGCAAUUUGGACAAGGCAAUUUAUCAUAUGCAGCAAGAUUUAGCUGUGGCCAAAAAUUUAGGUGACCGAGAGGGCGAAUGUCGAGCUUACGGAAAUCUAGGCUCAGCUUACUUCACAAAAGGCCAUUACAAAGAAUCCUUAGCAAACCACAGGUUUCAGCUGGUCCUGGCCAUGAAACUAAAAGACCGUUCUGUAGCAGCUAGUGCCUUGAGCAGCUUAGGACAUGUUUACACAGCCAUAGGUGACUACCCAAAUGCUCUGGCCAGCCACAAACAGUGUGUGCUUCUUCUGAAACAAUCCAGAGAAACCCUCCUGGAGGCAAGAGAAAUCGGCAAUGUAGGAUCUGUUUACCUGGCCAUGGGAAACUUUGAAAAUGCAGUAGAGUGUCAUCAGGAGCAUUUAAAGAUAGCAAAAGGUUUGAAGUCCACAACAGAAGAAGCUCGGGCAUACAGUAAUCUUGGCAGUGCUUAUCAUUAUAAAAGAGAUUACCAAAAGGCCAUGGUGUUCCACAAGGAGGUUCUGAAGGUUGCUGAGUUGACCAAGGACAAAACUUUGGAAGCUAGAGCAUAUGCAGGUUUGGGACAUGCUGCUCGAUGCUGUGGUGAUACCAUGACUGCCAAGACAUACCAUGAGAAACAGCUAGAUAAUGCCUUACAAACAAAAGACAAAGUUGCAGAGGGACGGGCUUGUUCAAAUUUAGGUAUUAUAUUUCAUCAGCUCGGAGAGUAUGAAGCUGCUCUGAAACUUCAUAAAGUCCACUUAAAAAUUGCAAAGGCUUUACAAGAUAGAGCAGGUCAAGGGAGAGCAUAUGGAAAUAUUGGGAAUGCAUACAGCGCCCUUGGGAAACACGAACUAGCAGUUAAGCAGCAUAAACAAGAGCUGGCAAUCUCAUCUGAAGUCAAUGAUCGUCACUCAGAAGGUUCGACUCAUGGGAACCUUGCAGUGGCCUACCAAGCUCUAGGCAAAACCGAGAAUGCUCUUCAUCAUUAUUUAUCUCAUUUGAGCAUUUCCCGGGAGUUGAAAGAUUUAUCCAGUGAAGCCAGAGCUCUGUGCAAUCUGGGAAAUUUUCAUUGUGCCAGGGGAAAUUACUCUAGUGCAGUUUCAUUUUAUGAACAGUUUCUUUCUUUGUCUCGAGAGCUGAAUGAUUCAGAAGGAGAAAGUAAAGCUUGUUUCAAUCUGGGAUAUGUACAUUUCAAUUUGGGGAAUUUCUCAGAAGCUGUAAAAUAUUAUGAACAGGAUUUGGCAUUUGCAAGAGACAGGAAAGAUCGGUUAGCACUAGCACGUGCAUAUUGUAAUCUGGGAUUAGCACAUAAAUCUUUACUCAGGUUUGAUGAUGCCCUUGAGUGCCAGAGAAAGUGUUUAAAACUUAUGGAUGCACUGGAAAAUACCCCAGGAAAGUUACGAGCAUUAGGUAAUAUUGGAGAUUUAAUGAUGAAGCAACAGUUAAACCUCGCCAGACAGUGUGAUAGUUCUGACCUUCUGGCUACAGCUUAUGGAGCCUUGGGUUCUGCUCACAGAAUGUUAGGUCAGUACGAUAAAUCUCUUGCGUAUCAUACACAAGAAUUGAACAUCCGGCAGGAUAUUAAUGAUCUGCGUGGAGAAUGCCGUGCACAUGGGAAUGUUGGCAAUGUUCAUAUGUCUCUUGGUAAUUUCUUAACAGCUUUGAAAUGCUACCAGGAAAUGCUUGAGAGAAGCCGAGAACUCAAAGACCAUCGGCUAGAAGGACAAGCCUGUGGUAACCUGGGUAUAACAAAAAUGAAUAUGGGUCAGUAUGAAGAAGCUAUUGGCCUCUUGGAAGAGCAACUGGCUAUGCUGGAGCAGCACUACGGCCCAACAACUCUUCAAGACAAAGGCAAAGCUUUUGGGAAUCUUGGAGAUUGUUAUGAAGCUCUUGGGGAUUAUGAAGAGGCUGUUAAGUGGCAUGAACAAUUCCUGAUAAUUGCACAGCAGACCAAUUCCCUCACUGAUCAAGACAGAGCCUAUCGUGGAUUGGGCAAUUCUCAUAAAGCUAUAGGGAAUCUUCAGCAAGCAUUGGUAUGCUUUGAGAAAAGACUGUAUGUUGCUCAUCAAACCAACAGAGCCGCCUCUAAAGCUUCUGCUUACGGAGAACUUGGAUGUCUUCACAGUUUGCUGGGUAACCUGGAGCAGGCUAUUGCUUGCCUGCAGCAUCAGCUGUCCCUGGCUGAAGAGAUGGGUGAUGCAAAUUGUCAAGGAGAUGCUGCUUGUGGUCUGGGAGGGGUCUAUCAGCAAAUGGGAGAAUACAGCACAGCACUGACUUACCACCAGAUGGAUCUCAGGAUUGCUGAGAAAACAAACAACACAGCGUGUCAAUGUCGAGCCUAUGGCAAUCUUGGUCUUUCAUACGAAUCCUUGGGCAACCUCAAGGAGGCCAUCGAGCAUCAGAACCAACAUCUGAGUAUUGCAGCCCAGCUGAAUGAUGGCGUGGCUAAAACUCUUGCAUACAGCAGUUUAGGUCGCGUCCAUCAUGCACUCGGUAACUACACAGAGGCUGUCCAGUACCUACAGCAAGGGCUGCAGAUUGCAGAGCAGCUGAGACGCAGAGAAGAUGAGGCCAAAAUCCGCCAUCGGCUGGGUCUCUCCUUGUGGUCAGCUGGUAACUUAGAUCAGUGCCAACAACAACUCCAUCGUGCUGCAGAUCUGUUUGAGACCAUUCGCCGGGAGUCUCAGUGUAGCUCAGAGUAUCGGCUGUCGCUGUUUGAUCUUCAGACUGCUUGUUACCAGACCUUGCAGAGAGUUCUGGUAUCACUGAACCGACAUGAUGAAGCCUUGGUCGUUGCCGAAAGAGCAUGCACUCGAGCAUUUAUUGACCUUCUCUUGGAGAGACAAGCCGGAUCUGCCGGGCUGUUCAAUGGGACUACAAUGGAUCUGACCCCAGUGUCCACAGAACAGAUCACCAACAUCGUAGCCAAUCAAAGCAGUUAUGUUUUGUGUUUUUCCAUCGCUUCCAAACACCUCUACAGCUGGUUGCUUACUCCAAAACAAGGCAUUGUCAAGUUUCACAGUGUAUGCCUGAGUGAUCUGGAUUCUGACAGUGAAACAGUGGACACUCGGUCUUUCAUCAGUGUCUCAGGCCUGUCAUUACUGGAUCAGUGUGUGGGGCAGCUCAGGGAAUCCAUGGGCAUUGAGAGUCACAUUGCUACCUCAGCUACAGGGCAUAGGUCAAGUGUGAUCCUAUCUGGCCAUGAAUACAGCGACACUGACAGUGAAGCAGACGAUGUAUUCCAGCUGCAGCUUGAAGAACUUGGGGAUAAACUGAAUGCAGACACAGACAGGACAGGUUUCUUGGCCAUGGUCAACCGAAGCCACAACUUGAACGCCAGCAGUUACAGUUUGGGCAGCAUUCUCAGUACAGGAGCUGGCAGUGUCAGCAGCAAUUUGCUAAACACUCUUGGCGGAAGCCAGCGGAGCCUAGGAUUAACAAGGGGAGUUAACUCUCCUUUAAGCAUGUUGUAUCGGUAUUUAAUUGAACCAAUGGAGGCUGCUAUUGCAGAAAUAAAGGAGGCAGAAUCUAUUCAAAAUGACUAUGGCGGUUCAAGUGGUUCAACAGACUCUACUGAUCUGGUUCUUGUUCUUCAAGGAGAUUUGUAUCUUGUUCCUUUUCUCAUGCUUCGACGGGAGCAGGCUGAAAGCUUUCUGUUUGAAAAAUACACAACAAUAAUAGUUCCUUCCAUUAGUGCCUUGCAGAAUUCACAAAACUCUGAUAGAAGAGGUCGACAAGGUGUUCAGUCAUCUGGAGCAUUGGUGGUUGGAAAUCCACGUCUGACUCCAGUCAUCUGUCAACAUUGGCAUCUGAAGGAAAUCCCUGGGGCUGAAUUUGAAGCAAGAAUUCUGGGAGAAUUGUUAACUUGUCGACCUUUGAUUGGAGCAGAGGCUACAAAAGCUGCAGUUCUUCAUCAAAUUGAACAAGUGGAAGUAAUCCAUUUUGCUGCCCACAUUUCUUGGAAAUUGUCUUCUAUAGUACUGUCCCCUGGAGAGUUUAUAUCAAGUCCCAGUCAGCAUUUUCCAGCAAUGGAUUCUGAUGACAGCUCAAGUGACUUUGAUGCCAUUGGAGGACCAGCUCUUUCAGAAUAUCUUCUAACUGCUGCAGACAUCCUUAACCUGAAACUGCGUGCCAAAUUAGUUGUACUUAAUUCAGGCUACACCGACGACCGAGCCGGGCGUAUUAACACAGAUGGUGUUGUGGGACUGACACGUUCUCUUCUCUCAGCUGGUGCUCAGUGUGUUUUGUUCUCACUAUGGCCUGUACCAGACCCAGCCUCAAAACUGCUCAUGAAGACACUGUAUACAGCAUUGCUGGAUGGCAUCAAAGUUACCAAGGCAUUGUCACUGGCAGUGAAGACAGUCCAAACUACAGCUCAGUUCUCACAUCCAUCCAACUGGGGUGGCUGGGUCCUUGUUGGUGCUGAUAUCACCUUGAGCUCUAAGGCAGCUCUUAUGGGACAUGCUCUGGAACAGAUUGUACAAGCUCACAGUACAUGCAGACAGACUCUGAAGGUUCUCCUUCAUUUGGUGGAGAAAUCUUUGCAGCGCAUCCACCAAGGAUGUAAAAACUCCAUGUUUACUACACAACAGAGCAUUGAAAAUAAGGUUGGCCAGGUGGUUGGAUGGAAAGACCUGCUACAGGCUGUGGGGUUUAGGUUUGAACCUGCUACUGAUGGUUUGCCGCCAGCAGUGUUUUUCCCACAGUCUGACCCUAGUGAGAGACUCACUCAGGCUAGCGCUAGUUUGCAGGCAUUUCUAGGACUCCCCACAGCCUCAUUAGUGGCUAUGUCCAAGUUUGUUACUGUUUUUGAAGCUGGAGAACCCUUGAUUCUUGUGCUGCGAGAAAUUCUAAGCAAGCUGACAGCCAAGGAAUCAGCCAUUGAUGUGAUGGUGGAUGUCAGACUGUGGGGCGUCUCUGGCUGCCAUGAAUUCUUGGCUUCACUGAAUGUGGGAUCUGACAAUGUAACCCUCCGGUUGAGCAAGCAGGCAGUGAGGCGGCACCUUCAAUUUGCCCUGCAAGCUCUGGUAUCAGUUUUUGAGCCAACCAAUGGGAUUAUCUGCACAUUUUUAACUGGAAGCAGUUAUUUUUCAUCUCAGCUAAUCAGCAGAGGCUCUUUACAGAAUGUCGCUUGCUUCAUGGCACGUCUGAAAGUCUCUCUUUCUCUAGCUGAUAAUUGCACUCGCUCUAUCCCAGCAGAGAUGGAGAAAGUUAGAAAUGUUCAUAGGAACUCUCUUGCAUUACAGUCAACUCCUUCAGCUUCGCCGCAGUCACCACGAUCUCCACUGCUGGACCCUGCAGUCCAGCUCUCUCACCAGGCUCAUAUCCGCAGUGUCUAUGGGGUUGGACACAAUGCCACUGACCAGACCUCGGUUUUUUCUGCUGUGAGGCAGACAGAACCUCCAGACUUUCCCGGAGAUUCCUCAAUUCAGGAAUCAGAUGUUGGUGUAAAAGUUAGAAGCAGAAUCAACUCUUGCAAUGAGUUUUCAACUGAUGAUAAAGACAGAAGUGCUGAAAAUAAACUCAGCUUGGUUGUCAGUAGCCAUGAUGGGCUAAAUCCCAUGAAAGAAAGAAAUGCAGAAAAUUCUGAGGCAGUAAAGACAUCUAGAAAAUCAUCUCUCUCUGCAGUGCCUCAGCAGGUUAAAAAUGGCAGCUUGAGUGAGGAGGGUCUGCAGAAGUCUGUUACAUUUGCAGAGAAGCUCAUUAGCGAAGAAAUUUCAUUUGAUUCUUCAUCUCCAAGAUGCGAUUCUGGCAGUGAUUACGGAGGAUGUCAUAGACACACAGACUUGUCUAUGAUAGAUUCUAGACAGCAGACAGAGAAGGAAAUUUCCGAGAAAUCAAAGUGCACAAAAACAUCAGAGAUCAGAGAAUAUUUUGAAAAGUUAAACAAACAGAAAGUACAAGACUCAUUGUCUGCAUCUCAAAGUGAAUCUUCAGACCCUCAAACUUUAUCUACUGGCUGCAGUGAAAACAUAAGCAAAUCCCAGAUGAAUUUGUCCAGUGACGCUGAGAGGCAAAAUGUAGCUAUGAAAAUCUUAGGAGAUGUUUCCAGUCAUAGAGUAGCUGUCGAGUUCAUGCAGAAACAAAGUCUUCUUCAGUCACAGGAAACUAAUCGCAGAAUUCAGGAGGAGAAGGAAGCUAAAUGUCAGCCAGAAGUCUUUCAAAUCAAAUCACCCAGAGACAUUCAGAAUCCACAUUUAAGGGAUAAUACUUUUUCAGAAUCUCUGGAUAUUAGCACAAAUCCUAACAGCCUCAAACAUAAUUUUAAUAGAUGCUACUCCAGCCCACACAUUAUGAACAUCUUACACCAACAGACUACCUCUAGUCAAAGUUUACUUCAAGACAGUAAGAGAAGUUCUAUGUCAGGAUGUGUGAAUACACCAGCUUUAAAUAUCAAUUCUACAAUUUCACCAGUUGCUUCUCCAUCAAAAUCCUCACUUGCAACAAAUCCCUCGUACAGCUCUGCCCAGCAUUCUCUUCUAAGGAAGCACCCAAUUCAGCCACAUCACUCUGCUUAUAAUGCACUGUUUCCCCAAGGAGGGUUAAGACCCCCCAGUCCACACUUGCUAGUGACAUCUCCAUCGUUAGGUAAAUCUCUUAGUUCUCCCAGGCUGACUCAUGUGGGCAGAGGAGGACAACCUGGCGCAGGAAGUGGGGAGAACAGUAUCUCAUCUGAUAUCAGUGAAGGUGCUGAGAGCAACAUCCAGUCCUCCGUUUCCAGUGGUUAUCAUUCAGAAAAAAGUGGCUUUUUUGGUGCCAACCUACAAGCCAUUCCUCCACCAAAUGACAAGCAAGACAAGGGUGUCUUUACCCAAGACUUCGUCAACCGAACUCCAUCCUUCACAUACUCCUCAGGUUCUUCAUCACCAUUUAGUCGUACUUCCAACGAUGACCAUGGCUCAGACAGUUCAGGUGGUUUGGGAAAAACAAGCAUGUUUCCCUUCACAAAUGUUUACUUCCCAAACCACAUCCCUAGACAAAAAGAUUUUGUUGCAGGCAAUGCUGAUAUCAGCAAACAAUCACAAGAACCGUGCCUCACAGCCAGAACAACAGAUAACAACAACAAUAGCCACACAGGCAGGAGAGUUCCACUUCCUGGACAAUCCAUGCCAAAUGGACCACUCCCACCAGCUCCUCUAGUAAGAACAAAUGCCUUGCAGUUGAGACCUGAGAGCAGCAACAGUUUAAGUAGUCAGUAUUCUACCUCUUCUUCUACCCUUUCGACAAUUCAUAAACCUUAUAAAGCAGCUGAUUCCCCCAGAGUUAGAGACAGUCAAUCUCAACUAGCGAACACCUCCUACAGAAGUUCAGAUAACAGUAAGUUAUGCAGUAAUACCUCACCACAAUCCACACUUUCCUACUGUCCCACAGUGAACAGUAACUGCAAAAACCCACCUCAUCAGUAUCAGCAGAACGGAAUUUCUACAGCAACUAAAAACUCAACUAUUUAUGCACAGCCAUCACAGACCCUUGGCAGCAGUGUCCACCAUCUCACCUCAGAUAAUACACAUGCCACGACUGGUCAUCAAGAGAAUGAACUUAGUGCCAACCAUUCAAGGACUAAUGAUUCAAAUGUCAUAGACCCAGAAGAAGCUAAUUACAGAACUCAAUUAGGAAAUGUUCAGAGCAUUAUGUUUGACUCAAAAUUAAGCUCUCGUAUGAUUGGUCACAAACAAUUUGAUAAUCAAACUACAAAAAUAUUCAAAAGUUACAAGCCAAUCAGUUGCCAAAUGGGAAAUAAAGAGAUUUCAGAACAAACUGUUAUCAAAGCCGGAAGCGACAGCGGCAGACAUGCCAUUGCAGGAGCCAGAAACACGGCAAACAGUAAUAAAUUACAAAGCGUUCAAUCUCAACCGCCAUUGCAAAACUUAAGAGAAAAAGUUCCACCAUAUUAUGGUCUUCAUUCCUCAAAAUGCUAA